AUGGGUGCCGCAAGGGUUGCCAAUUUACGCUGGACGGUCCCUCCUGCAGCUCUGGCGGCCUAUACUGUGGGGGACUGGGCCCAACCCAAUCGACGCAAAGCGAGAUCCGAGCAGGAGGCCUCUUUCACGACGGGUCUGGCCCGAUAUGACUCCAAUCCAGAAUCUCGGAGCCAUUCCUCCGGUAGCAAUGCUGGCCAUAAUUCUGAGGACCAGAGUGUCUGGUUGAAGAUCUCCCAGAAGCUCGAUGAGGUCAAGCAUACAGUGGGGUCAACCGAUCUAGGAGGCAACAUCUCGAACUACAUCCCCGGUUGGGCGCGUUUGCUGCCAGCAACGGCUCAGAAGCUACAACGGGAGCUUUCCCUAGCUCCCGGCUCACUGGCAGAUGAAAUCUGGAGAGAUGCUCAUGACCCAGAGCUCAAUCCCGAGAUUACAAGGGACGCCAGGGUCCGCGUAAGCGGUGACCUGUGCGCCGAGGAACAGGCAUUUCGAAAGAAACGCCAGCAACAUGCCGUGCAGGCAUUAUCAUCAUAUCUCGAUAUUCCCGUGGAAGAUAUUCAUCCCGACGAUGUGCCGGUCAUCGCCAUGUGCGGAUCUGGAGGUGGCCUGCGCGCCCUGGUUGCUGGUACCGGAUCUUAUCUCGCCGCCCAAGAAGCAGGGCUGUGGGAUUGUGUUACCUACACUGCAGGUGUCAGUGGCAGCUGCUGGCUGCAGACCCUCUACCAUUCCUCCAUCACAGGCAGAAGCUUCCACAAGCUUGUCGACCACCUGAAGAACCGAUUGGGUGUGCACAUUGCCUUCCCACCUGCGGCCCUGAACCUACUCACCACUGCGCCAACCAACAAAUACCUUCUCAGUGGCUUUGUAGAAAAGUUGAAAGGGGACCCUGGCGCGGACUUUGGAUUGGUGGACAUCUAUGGACUGCUGCUUGCAGCGCGUCUGAUGGUGCCUCGUGGAGAGCUGGGAGUUUCUGACAGCGAUCUAAAGCUGUCAACUCAAGCUGUCAACCUUUCCGAUGGAGCGCAUCCCCUUCCUAUCUACACUGCGGUGCGACAUGAAAUUCCCCUCCUCGAAGAAGAAGAAAACAAUGACGGGGCCCAGAGCGAUAAAAAAACGACUGAACAGUUGAUGCACGAUGCCAAAGCAGAAGCUUGGUUCCAGUGGUUUGAGUUCACCCCAUAUGAAUUUUUCUGCGAGGAACUCAAUGCUGGCAUUCCCACUUGGGCUCUGGGACGUCACUUCGACGGAGGCCACAGUGUGCUUUCCCCUGAGAACCCCCCAAUCCCUGAGCUUCGAGUCCCGGGAUUGAUGGGAAUAUGGGGUAGCGCUUUCUGCGCAACUCUGUCUCAUUACUAUAAAGAGAUUCGACCGCUGGUUAAAGGCCUCGCCGGGUUUGCGGGAAUUGAUUCCCUCAUCCAGGGUAAAAACCAAGACCUGGUCCGUGUGCAUCCCAUUGACCCUGGUGCUAUUCCCAACUUCGUGGCUGGAAUGAAAGAUCAACUUCCUGCCUCCUGCCCAGAGUCCAUUUUUCAGAGCAGUCAUUUGAAUCUGAUGGACGCUGGUAUGAGCAACAACCUCCCUAUUUAUCCUUUGAUCCGACCAGGACGAGAUAUCGACGUCAUUGUCGCAUUUGAUGCCUCUGCCGACAUUAAGCAGGAGAACUGGCUUUCCGUCGUGGAUGGUUACGCUCGGCAACGAGGAAUCAAGGGCUGGCCAGUCGGCGCGGGAUGGCCCAGGGAAGUCGAGAGCCUGGAAGACGCAAAAAAAGCACUUCGCGAACCGCAAAACAUGACGCACGAGAAGGCGAACAAAAAGAUCGCCGACGCUCAAAGUCACCAAGAUCAAUCCUCGGAGAACGACACAGAUCUGGGCUAUUGCAACGUCUGGGUUGGCACGUUGGAGGAGCGCAUCUCCGAAAAGGAACCCCCACCUUCCAAGCGCCUCUUCUACCCCGAACACAUCGAGGACCAAUCCGAGUCGGAAUUCCACCUCAUGCGGCCAGACGCCGGAAUCGCCGUGAUCUACUUCCCUCUGAUCCCCAACCCCGAGGCCCCAGACCUCCCUCCCGCCCCGGAGGUUCGCCCCCGCGCGGCCGUCCACUCUAUGAAUAGAGAUUAUUCGCAAACCAAGGACCCCGAACAACCUCUCGCUCCGCACGCGAACUCCAUCGAUCCUGAGAAGGACGACUUCCUGUCCACUUGGAACUUCAUCUACACCCCCGAACAGAUCGAUUCCGUCGUGGGCCUGGCCAAGGCGAACUUUAACAAGGGCCAUAAACAGACUCGUCGCGUUGUGCGUGCUGUUUAUGAGCGGAAGAAGUCUGAUCGUCUGCGCCGGGAAGAUGAAGAGUCUCGCAAGCGUAUGGAGGGAUUUGUGCCUCUGUAG